AUGCCUCCCGCCCCCUUGCCGCGACUAGACACCCUGCCCGCGGAGCUGGUCCACGCCGUGGCUCAUGGCUCGGGCGUACUGACCGCCGGCGAUGUCGUUGCCCUUGCCGCCACCAACUCGUACCUCCAUGCCGCCCUCCUCGGCGACGGCUACGCCCGCGCCCUGCUGUAUGCCCGCGCCGGGCCGACUGCCUGCGCCGCCCGGGGCGAAUGGCGUGCGGCCUAUGUGGCGCUGACUCUCCCCCUCACCCCACCCGUGAAUCGGCUGCUGCUCACCGCCGUGGCGGCUUCCGCGGCUGGUGCGACUGCCGACGCCGAUGCCGAUGCUGCACCGUGGCGGGAGCUUGUUGUGCGCACCUGUGCGCGGCACGCGUUGUUUGACCCGCGUGACAGCUCGUACCUGGUCUUGCGACGCGCCCUGGCUGCCAACAACGACGGCACUGUUGCCGCUCUGGUACCUGCACUCGGCGCCGAUGCGGGCGUGUUGGUGCAGUGCAAGGAGGCUCUGCGUGAGGCAGUCCGCCGAGGGCAUCUUGGCGUUGUCCGUCGUGUGCUAUGCUCGCAGGACGACGACGAUCAUCGCGUCCAUCUGGUGCUGUGUUUGGUGAUGGACGCGGCCGCGGAGCAGAAACCGGAGAUGGUGGCGGCGCUGAUCGACAUGGUGCCGGACGCGUUCACAUCCCAUCUGGAACAGAAUCUGUUCGUCGGCAUGCUGGGCUUCCAGAAUGUUGUCUGGGCGCCGCACUCGCCCCACGCCCCACCGCACCUCCCGUUCUGCCCCGAGAUCUUGGCGUGUCUGCUCAAGCGGGUCGGCCCGAUCAUGAGCGAUAAGCUCCUCGUAAGCGUGUUGCAUGUUAGUGCAGCGUGCCAGACUGUGCUGCUAGACUUUAUGUGCCAGGCACAGCCCGAGCUCUACUCGGCCGUUGCGGCGAGCAUGGCCGGAGACGUCGACGCUGUCCUCGCUGCGAUCGACUCUGCCGACACCGGCGCUGGCACGCUGGCGCCAAUGCUGACGGGCAUUGCGGGUGGAUGUGGCCAAACGGAGGUGGUGCGUGCUCUUGUUGCUCGGCUCGGUAGAGCUUGCGCACCCGUUGCAUGUGGGGCUAUCGUGCGGGCCGCCGGAUGCGGCCACGCCGAUGCGCUGCAGCUCCUGUUGGAGCUCGCAAGUGAUGCCAGCAAUACCCACCGGAUGGCGCUACACGCUGCCGCAGCAGCCGGACAAGCCAAGGCGUUGGAAGUUGUGCUGGCCACCACCGGCUGCGAGGUCAACAAUCAGGCUGCAUCCGUGGCCGCGUUGUACGCUGCGGUCGGCUCUGGCUGUGCUAGCACGUUUUUGACGCUUGCGUGCCAUCCACACAUCUCUCCGGCCGCAUGCGCACAGGUAGCUCUCGAGGGCUUUGUUUCCAUGUGUGCUGCGGGCAACGUGAGCCUUGCGAGCGCGGUCCUUCCUGUUAUCGUUAACCAUACGCCGCGCGCCGAGCUGCGGCAGGCCGCUUCCGCUGCUGUUGCCGCCGCCGCCAUUGCCGGCGCGCCGUUCAUGGUAUCGUGGCUGCUCGAAGAGUGCGGACUCCUGAUCGACCGAGCCCGCUUGGUCGAGGUGCUCGCAGCAGUGUCAGAGCCUGCCGUUGCCGAGCCUCUCGCCGCAUGGCUUGUCGCAGAGGCUGAGCCUGCCAAUGCCGAUGAGCCGGAGCCUUUGGUUCUCGCCCCGCAUCUCCGGCCUCGGACUCGCGUCCGUGUUGGGAGCCGGGCCCGUGAUCGGUCAGCCAAAGGCCGCAAGGGCAACGGCCGAGGAAUGGGCAAGGCCAGGGGCGCAGCCAAGCAAGGUAGACCCAAGGCCAAGGCCAAGGGCAAGGGCGGAGCAGGCAAGUCCAGCCGUCGUCGGAACCGCGGGCUCCCGGUAGGCGCGAUCCCAAAGGUGCAGCGGACGCGCGUAGAGGCUGCGACGGACACUGCGGUUCAACUGGCAAACGGAACGACGGUCGUUCCGACGAGCCUUGCCCUGAACGCCCCGCUCACGACGUGGAUCGGGCUACGGUUUCGGCUCGAGGUCGGAGCCUCCGACGAGGUGGCGGCGGCUGUGCUCUCGCUUGUGCCUGCGCAGACGACGUCCGUGAGCAGCGCCUGCGCCGUCGUCAUCCACGUCGAGAACUCGGCAACACCUGCACCGUUCGGUGCGUCGGACGGCGGCGUGCUCUCGGGCCGCUCGCGUGCGCCUCCCGUCAUCCCAUGGACGCUGCCGGGUACCACCGAUGUCUGCGCCAACGGACAGCUUGAGACGCCGACAGCCACCUCGCCGGACCUCACGCCGCUCCUGGACCACGUCCGGGCCCUGCCCGGCUGGACCGCAGGCGGACACGUCGCGCUACUCAUCGCUGUCCCGUCGUCGUCGUGCAAGGAGAGCGACGGCGGAGCGCGCCAGUUUGCGGGCUACGUGCCGGACACCACGUCGUGGUACGGCCCGAUUGCGGCGCCGAUGCUGCAGGUCACGUCUAUGUGUGCCGACUGCGCCUCAGUCCUCACGUUCCCAGCCUCUCUCCCACCGACUAUUUUCCAUGGAUCUCAGGUUGUGUUCACAGCAGGUUCUUCCACCGAGGUAUCGGUCGAUGAUGGCUACGGCGAGAUGCCGCUGCUGGUGCCGCUGGAUGCAGACUCGCCGGCGGCGGCGGCGGCAUUUGAACUGAAAGUAAGCUCGGGCAUGGGCACGGCCGGAACAGUGUUCGCUCCGACCGCUGAUGUCUUUCUCGGUCAUGCUCUCGCUCAACCGUACGUCCCGGGGCCCGGCACACCGGUUGUUACCCGACUGGCGUUUGCGCCUCUUGGCGUGCCGCCCAGCGGGCGGAUCGUCUCGGCCUCGAUCGUGACCGCCGCCGCCAACGAGACGCUCGAGGCCGGUCCGCUCAAUCUGCGGGUUCGAGCUGAGGCGCUUGACGCAGUGCGGGCGGCACCAGGAGCUGCAACCGGCGCUGGCGCAGACAUCUCUUCGCGGCAACUCGGGUCGGCCGAUGUGUACUGGACAAUGCCGAGUACGUGGCCGCGCGGCGAGCGGGUGGCAUCACCAGACCUGGCCGCGCUAUUCAACCAGGGUAGCGUGCUGAACUCUCCCGGAUCCAGCGCCGUUGACAAGACCGCACUGCAUCUCGAGGGGAGCGGCACACGGCUAAUUGCAGCUGGCUGCUCGGAGCUAGAUAUUGUGCCGUUUCUGGAGGGCGUCAGCACACUUAUGCCGGUGGAUCCGGUGCUCACGCUCGACGCCACUGGCGGGACGCUGACGCUUGCCACCUCGUCGGGUAUCUUGUUCACGACCGGCGAUGGUACGGCUGAUACCCGAAUAGUGGCGUCGGCGACCGAGUCAGUUCUCAACGCUGCGCUCAAUGGCCUGCGCUUUGACCCGACCCCGUCCGGCGGGAGCCACAACGCGAGUGUGUGCGCAACACUGACGCGCGCGACGGUCGGCGCAAGUCCCGGCGGCUUCUCAGCCCUGCGCUUUGUCUCGGCUUCGCCGGCGUCGAUGCUGGACGACGCGAUCGACGGCUCGACCGGAACCGUUAGCUCGGGUAGCCCAAGCGUGGGCUUUGACUCUGCGGCACCAUUCUACGCCCUCGACGACGGCCUCUUCCGCGGCUACCUUGACCUUGCCGGUAUCCUGCCAGGUGACUCGGUGACGCUGCCGGCAGCACUGUAUGCCGUUGGCCACCGCGAUUUGAGCCUCUCGCUUUGGAUGCGAGUUAACGCGCCUACUUUCCACGGCGUUGCACAGCCUAGCAUUCUUCAGCGCGGCCCUACGUCUCCCACGAGCGGCUCGCCUGGGUGGGCGCUUGCGCUGGAUGCGAACUCCGAGACGAUUGUGUUCACAGUCUCGGACGGCGCGGUAACUCCGACCGCGACCACAAUUUCAGCCGAUGUCUCAACAGAGCUGGGCGCCGAGGCUUGGUUCCACAUCGGGGCACUGUAUUCGGCCACGUUCAAGGUCCUGCGGCUCUAUAUUAACGGCAUUCCUGCACCGCUUCCGCUCGGUACUGCUGCGCUAUCGGACGCGUUUCUGGCCGAGAUUGCCACCGCAGGCGGCUUUGCCCCAGCCACAGUGAUCGGCGGCGAGUUUGAUGGGCAUGUGGCCGACAUUCGUGCCUUUACCGUUACUCUCCCGCCACAGUUCUUUGCCCACUUGGCCCAGGGUGUGUCGGGAACGACAACUACGGCAUGCGUGGGCACUCUGACCGGGCGCGUUACCAACGCGACGAUGGACGAUUGCGGGGUGUGCGACGGGCAGAACGAAGACAAGGACGACUGCGGGGUAUGCUUUGGUGGCGGUGCAGCCAAGGACGCCUGCGCCGGAUGUGACGGUGUCCCGAAUAGCGGCUUGGUGUUCGACGUGUGCGGAGUGUGCGGCGGCGAUGGCGGGACGUGUAUCGGCUGCAAUGGACUGCCGAUGAGCAACGGCGGUGCGAUUGUUGACGCAUGUGGUGUGUGCGCUGGCGGUGCAACAAGUUGCAACACGACGUGUGCACCCGGCGGAAUGCAGUACGACUGCCUCGGGGUGUGCGGCGGCGAUGCGAGGACGGACGGCUGCGGGGUGUGCUGGUCGGCGGCCGAUAGUCUGGCGUUUGCCGAUCUCCAUCGCGACGAGUGCGGCAUAUGCUUUGGCAACAACUCUCUACAGGACACAUGCGGCGUGUGCGGCGGAGGCAACGCGGACGUCGACGCCUGCGGGGUGUGCUUUGGUGGCGGACAGGGCAAAGAUCGCUGCGGCGUAUGCUUUGGCCAAAACUACACCGUCGACGUCUGUGGCGUGUGCUUUGGCGACUCACGGAGCUGCCUCGGCUGCGACGGGCAUCCUAGCUCGGGCCUCGAGCUCAACGCGUGCGGUGUGUGCGGCGGCGGGCCAUGUGGGGAAGCGAUAGCGGUCGACGCGGCGCCGAGUCCUGCUCUUCCGAUGAUCCUGGUUGCAAGUGCCAUGGUCGGUCUCUUUUUCUUGCUCUGCCUGGUGGCAGGUGUGGCCAUCCGGGCUCGCCGCCGGCAUGCAGUUGCUGCGGCCACCAGCCCAUUACGGCCGAGCGGACCGGCUCUGUUUGUGGCGGUGGCGGGGAGUGCGGCGACCACCAUUCCUGUUGGUGGGGUGUGCAUCGACACGUGGCACGAGGUCUCGACGUACAAGACGUGGCAGCUCGACGAGGUGGUGCGGGCGGUAGAGAGCGUGCUCGACUGCCACGGCCGCGCCGCGGUGGCGCUCGACGCACGUCACGCGCGCACUUUUGUCGAGUCCCAUCUCGUCGAUGGCGUGCUGAUGUCGCGGGCAGCGAUGAAGCUUGUUGAAGAUCGACUGGCGGCAUCGUGCUCGAUCGAACCAGCCGACUCGCUCGAGAGUAAUGGUGGCGAUGGCGACGGAGUGGUCAUUAUCCGUCGCGCCAUGCCCGUACAGCCGACAAUUAUUAUGGCCAAGCCGAGUCCCGAUGCCAACGAGCCCGCACUCGCCGAGCUCAUGCUCCAAGCUUCUUUGUCAGAGGCGGACCCGCCUAAGAUCCGCCCCGCCACCAGCAACGCCACGAGCAGGAAGCGCUCGCUCACGAGCCGGAUUGAUAAGCUCAACUCGACAAUAAGUUCUGUCCCGCUCCGCCGGCGAUCGAUCGCCCGCGACGCCAUGUCGGACAACGGCCUAACCGUGACGCGACCAGUCAGCAGCGGGCUCGUCCGCCACCGAUCGACGUCAGAUCCAGGUGGCAUGGAGGAGGCGGCACUCGCUGCCAAGCGCUCUCUGCUCAAGGCUGCCAGCGGCAAGCGCAACCGGCGACGGAGCAUUGCGGCGGCGCGACUGACAGCCGGGCGGCGCCGUAACUCCCUCUCGGUCUCGAGUGGAACAGGGACUCGCGGAACUGAGACUCGAGACGAGCUUGAAGCGAGCCAGAUUGACAUGUACGACAGCGCGUCAUCAGUUGGCUCGAUUGCUUUUGCAUCAUCCACAGUGAGCAUGGCACCAUCGGCCACGCUGUCAGCUGCCGCGUCGGCCGCCCCCACCUCGUCGCUUCCACCACGGGCUCGCAAACUUAGCAUGUCACGGACGCUGAGCGGGCGCCGGAGCGAAUUCAAGGUUCAGGUCCGUCCGAGCGUUCGCUCUGGGGCCACAAUCACAGUCCCUUCGCGGUCGUCGCGGUCUUUCCGGUCCGGAUCCACAAAGUCCAUCACUUCGGGCGUCUCGCGGUCGCGAUCAAGGUCGAGGUCGGGCCUGCGCGACACUGACGACGACAGCGUGGUCUCGUCGGCAUGGAACUCUGGCAACCUUUAG